CAGCAGUGGGUCAAACACAUGAUGAUGCGCUGGGGACAGAAAUAGACGAGAGCUCGAGUCGAGGCUGCUGAGCUGUGUGUGCUUUCCAGUGGACUGCGGUGUCUUUUAACACUUUCCCCUUGAUCAUUUAUUCUGCAAUUCCACAAAAUGGUCAUUAAAGUCUUCCUGGCGUCCUCCUCUGGAUCGACGGCGAUCAAAAAGAAACAGCAAGAUGUUGUCGGGUUUCUUGAGGCCCUUAAAAUCGAUUACGCGCCGCUUGACAUUGCUUCAAACGAGGACAACCGGAUGUGGAUGAGGGAAAAUGUCCCUGGAGAAAAGAAGCCCACCAAUGGAAUUCCUCUUCCUCCACAGAUUUUCAAUGAGGAGAUGUAUUGUGGGGACUAUGACACAUUCUUUGAAGCCAAAGAGGACAACACAGUUUAUGAAUUUUUGGGUCUGACACCUCCACCAGGAUCUAAGGAGGCACAACAAGCGGAAAAAGCACAAAAGCUUCAUAAUGGAUCUGGCACAGAGGAAGAUCUUGAUGAUGACACAACAAAAAAAGACCUCGUAGAGGCUGAGCAGAAUGGAGAUGCACACACGGAAGAAGAUUCAGGCGAGAAGGCAGAGACAGAUGCUCAAGAAGAGAACGCAGAAGAGAAGGAACCAGCAGAAGAAGACGAAGAGAGUAGAAAGGUGGCUGAGGAGGAAGAGCAGGAGGAAGGAGAAGAGGACAGGGUUGAGGACAAUCAUCUGGUCUCAGAGGCAGAAGAUGAUUUGGUGUCUGAGGAGGAAGAAGAACUCAGAGAGCUUGAGGAGGAAGAGGAACAAGCCUCAGAGGAAGACUAGUGGUCUGAAGCUGAUGAUUUUGGACCUGGAUUUUCCCACACAGCUUGAAGUGACACCCCACUUGCCCCGGAGCCAUCCAAAAUCGCCCACAAAUACUUUCACCGCAGCUUUGCCCGAGCCAAAUGUGACACCACUGCUCUGCAGAAUAUGCACUCAGGACCCCAACUUCAAGCCCCCAUGACAACUCUAGCUUUUUGAGUUAGCAAAAUGCCUUUUUACACUAGAGUUGCUUUAUCUUAAGUGGCAAGUUUCAAGUGAAUUUAAAAGAAUGUGUUUUUCUUAUUGUACAUAUAGAAAAUAGCUUAUUGUACUACUUUUAAAACUAAUAUUUUGUGUCUUUAUUCUAUAGUAUCCCAAAUAGCUGUGCCAAAAAAGUGGCAAACUAAUACUUACAAAUACCUCUCUGUGUGUCUUAUAUUGUACAGUAAGUACACUAACAGUCAUAUUUUGGACACACUUUGCCACAGUGCUAAAUGCUAAAGGUAGACUGAACAUAUAGGAAAUUAAUAGUUAUAAACUUUUAGAUGGUUGGAGAUGGUUGGAGAAUAAUCCCAUUAUGUUGUUAUUCGAUCAAAUUCGUCAAGCACUUAGCUAUGCUAAGCUAGACAUGAGCUAUCUGUUGUAGAUGCUAACAUGACCAGGUACUUGAUAUCCCCUUCUUAUUGAAAACUAUGAAUAAAACAAGGUUUACUGGGUAUGAACACUGACCACAGUUUGUUUUUGCUAAUACCAUGAAACUUUACAAAAUUUGACAGAAUUCAAUUUAAAAAGCCAAUAUUAUCCAUAAUAUUUGUACAAAUUAUUUUGCAUACUGUUUAGCCUGUACAGCUAUUACAUGGUAAUAUUAAUUAUAUAAAAUGUCUUAUUGUUUUACAGAAGGAUUGGUAAUUGCCUAGUAAGUUUUAGCCAAUUGCAAAUGAAAUGAGGGAAGUUUUUUUUUGUUUAUUUUAAUAGAAAUAAUUAGUGCUGUCAAACGAUUAAUCACAAUUAAUCACAUGCAAAAUAAAAUAUUUGUAUUUAAUAUAUAUAACUUUUUUUUUGUAAAUGUAUACAUGCAUGUGUUUACUUAUAUAUACAUAAUAAAUAUACACAGUACACACGCAUAUAUUUUGUAAACAAAAACUUUUAUUUUGGAUGUGAUUAAUCGCGCUAAUUCGUUUGACCGCACUAAUAAAAAUACAAACACUAUGUAAAGUUUCAAAUUUGCUCCCUCAGACAAAAACAAAACAACAACAACAACAACAUUGAAAAUACAUUAAGCUACAAAAUAAUAGUUUUGUUUUGUUUGAUAUUUCUGUUAUUACCCUGAAAUAUGGAAAAUAGUAAUAAUAAAGCCAGAGUAGAUGUGUCCAAAACUUGUACUGUACUGUACUUCACUGUUCACUUCUACAUGCAUAAAUUCUUCAGUUGGACUACACAAUAUGGUUCUAGGAUGUAGAACUGUUGUUACAACCACAGUGAAGCUAAAGUUAAAAUUAGACAGAAACACUGUGAAAGGACGUCAAUCACAAUUCGCUUUUUCAGUCUAUUGUGUCUGAUUUCAGUCUGAAUGUGUGAUGUCAGUACCUGCUGGAAGCCAUUCUCUGCUGUCGGUUGGCCGUUCUAAUGCACUUUGUAUGCAGACAGAAAUGAAUGGUUGAUUUACCAAUAAAGAGAGUUUUACAGGCA